CCCUGCAGUAAUAAGGCUCCUCCUCCAGAGUACAUUGAUAAUUUGCCAAAAAAUGGCAUUCAUGAUAUUAUUGACAGAUCAGUUCUCUGUGAUACUGGUCGACGGGGUAUCCUUUAUUGUCUGGGUAUGACAGCAACUACAAAAAAGGGGAGGCAAAUAUUUUCCGCCAUACCAAAAAUUCUGAGACUAAUAAGCGUCGUGAACGUGUGUUUCGUCGGAACCGUGAUAACGCAAAAAAGAUAUUUCAGCUUGACCCAGCAAAGCUCGCCAAGGCGGAAACAAAUGGUUGACAUACAUCCGUUGAGGAUGCUGAGCGUGCGCUCAACCACCCUGGCUCCAGUACACUUGAUUGCAAGUUAUAUAUCGAGUACCUCCUUGAGCGCCGUAAAGGUGAUUUUGUAUUUGGAGAAUAUUAUCAUAACAUGCAGACCCUCAGCAAGAGUCGGAAACAUAACGGCACAGCAGCUCAGCUGA